AUGAUCGCGGCUCCCCCUCCGGAGACCGAGAGUUCGGCAUCGUCCGCCGCGACUCACGACUUCCUCUUCAAGUUGCUGAUCAUCGGAGACAGUGGUAUUAGGAACUUUUUCGUUUUGCCUAGAAUUCUAUAAUUUAUUCGUUUUGAACGGUUUUGGCCAUUUGUACCGUCUAUUUUUUGAUAAGAAACAAUUUAUUCUUGGUGCAUUUUCAGGGGUUGUUUUGCAGUAGACAAUAUUGUUUUCAGGUGUGAAAGUCAGCCAUUGAUGCGAUUUGCCGACAAUGUUUCUCGAUAAGUUUUUAUCGUUUUGAUUGUAUUUUUUUAUUCUUAGACAGUUACAUCACAACAAUUGGUGUGGAGACUAAAAAUUCGAACGACCAACAACGAAAUUUUCAGGAGUAGGCCUUUGCAGAAGUUAUACCUAUUGCUGGAUAAGAAAGUGAAGCUCCAGAUUUGGGUUGCCAUUAGACUGAGGAAUUUCAUUAUCACGUCUCGUAUGACUACCCAUUCUCAAGAUCUGAAACAAUUUUAUAUUAUUCUAGGUACACCGAGGAACCCCACGAGUUAUCGUUGUAUCUGAUAUAACUAAUGGAGAGCUUCAUAAUAUCCGACGAUGGCUGAAUGAGAUCGAGAAGAGUUGCAGCAAUGUGCCUUACGAAUACUUUAAACCGUCGUUACUGAAGUGUUGGAAGUGAAGGAAAUAAAGUGGAAAAAAUCUUCUGAAAAAAGUAAAACUUCAGCCUCUUUCUUUUUGUCGGAAGAGUCGGCCGAAUUCUCACCACUUGGGGAAAGCGUCUGCCCGUCACUCUUUCUUCUCUUCUCCGGAGGAAGCGCGUCUGCGAGCGAGCUCUUCCCGACGUUUAUAAGCCCCGCCCCCUCAGGUUUUAAGCCAAUCGCUGGGUUAGUGGUUUUCUUGCAGAAAACGGUUGUCUUGGGUAAAUUUUUGCCUUUUAUUCCGGUGAUUUUGGGCGUGUUUUAUUUUUUUAGAACUGUGACUACACCUAGCCUUACUAUGGCUGUCAUUUGAGGUUAAGUGAAAAUCAGAUACAUUCCUAUGGUUAACACAAAGUUUAAAAAAAUAUUUACAGAACAAGUUUCACAGAUAUAUUUAUGUGCAACACAAGUAACAUCAAUUUACCAUUGGAAUUUGAGACUGGCGGAUUCUGCCCAUGGCACAUUCGUUUCCAUAUUCACGGUCUCCCUUUCUUCCCCGUUAUUUUUCUGAACAAUGAUCUGUUUGGUUUGUUCGAAGUUUCGAAUUUGGAAAAGUGUCACUUUUCGAAAAUUUUACAUCUAAAAUAACAGCUCAAGACUCCUCAAAACCAACUCUCUGGUCCUGCCAUUCAUUAGCGCACCUGCAGAAACACUCACUAAACUGCACAUUUUACCUUAUUUUAGACAAGAUACCUGAAAAUUUCAAAAAAAUCUCGGUUUUGACGUAUACCUGCCAAAAAAUUUCAAAAAAUAUAUUUCGUCAUAUUUCACCUUUGCUUUCUCCCGUCUCUAGGUAUUUCAUCACUCACAAAAACAGCGCAAACUCAAAAAAUAAUAUUGCGCUGGUCAAAUCCAGCUUAAAGCCCAAAGCACUCAAAAUCUUUUUCUUCUCCUCGAAGUCUAUGAAGCUGUUACUUACUUUCCAUUCAACAAGUGGUGAAUUUCUGUCAUUGCUGGAUCCAGCUUCAUCAACUAUCACGAGGCCUUAUCAUAGGACCAAGUUAUUUAUUGUGCGUUAUAUCUAAAAUGUAAAAACAAAAAAUUCUAACUUACGAAGUCGUCCGAAUUCUGUAGCGAUCACGUACUGUUGAAGUCCAGACAUCAAGUGGGCCUGAAAGGUGCAAGAGCAAGUUUAUGAAUGGAAUACACCAGUUGGCCAAGUGGAAGAAGAUUAGGCCUGAAAUUACGUAAAUGUGCUGGCAAAUGAGGCAACUGCAUUCGCCGCGUCGGAUCCAUCUUCUUCAUCGAAAAUUAUUUAUCAUUCAUCGAUGAGUAGUUUUACCUCCAUCUAUUGUUGUCGGCCACUUUUCAACAGUCAAAACGACUGAAAAUUGUUCGGGCGCAAAACUGCGGAACGCUUUUUUUUCGCUUGGGCUAGGAAAAUGAAGAUUUUACAGCAACUUUGAUGCCAAAAAGGACGACAAGAUUGAUAUACGAUUGAUGAAGGCCUGCAAACACCAUAUAGAGGUUGAACUGAUUCUGCAAAUGAUGGACUCUGCCUCAAUGUCUGGACUCGGAAAAGGCGUGGAAUAAUUGGAGUAUUGAUAGUAUUAAAAAUCUUUUUUUCCAAAAUAUCUCCUCAUGCGCAGCGGACCGUUCUGAGUAGCUCAUGUGGAAGACAAGCACUAAUAAUGAAGUGGCUGAUGAAGAAAAUGAAGUCAUCUUUUCAGAUGGUAAAUAGUUUCUUCUGUUUUGGGUGUUGUUUUUAGGAAGGAAAGAUUCAACCUUACACAAGUGUCAUCAAUCAGUCACGCUGGAAUGUGACCUACUAAGGAGACUUUUUGCUUCCAGCGACUAAACCCAAAUGUAGGCCCACAAAAUACACCAAGAUACAAGUUUAGCUAGCUCCACCGAAUCCACUCAUGGCCAGCGAGUUCAACAACUCCAUAGAUACGGGGAAAAGAACAACCCUGGCUUCGGCCAUUAUAAUAUUGUUAUUACCAUUCGAAGCGCAUUGUUUUGUUCUCUCUGUUUUCUCCUAUAUCUGCUUCUUAAAUAGAAGAGUUUAUUUUAUUGAUUAGUUAAUCAUUAUUAUUUAUUUGAUAACGAAUGAACAAGAUUGUUUAAUUAAAUUAUAUUGUCAAAAGUUUUUUUCGCCAUUGUAAUAAAACAUGUUUCAAACAUCGUACAUUUGAAAAGAACGUUGCUUUAUUUGCCUAAGUGUACAACAUUUAAUUUCAAUCUUCCUGGCUUUCCACAAAAAAAACAAACUCCUGCGAAGUGGGCGGAGCCAAUAGGCGGAAAGAGUCUCGACCCACCUCUUCCCCCCACCUUGAUGGCGGGAGCGUCUGCUCGAGACUCUUUCCACUCUGUUCUUUCCCAAAUGGGAAGAGUUCGUAAACACCUCUUCCGAACGAAAAGGAAAGAGGCUAAAGCAUUUUCGAAAGUUUUUCCACUCUUAUUCCUUCACUCUUAUUUUUAUUCUUUCCAUUUUUAGUUGGGAACAAGAUUGAUGAGCCUGCCAGACGGGUGGUUUCUGGAAGAAUGGGCGAAACUUCGCCGAGACUAUGAAUUCCAUUUUACGAGACUUCAGCAAGGAAUGGUGUCAAUGGCUCGACAAAGCAAGUGUUAAAAAUUACACUUCGAGCUAUAAUUUGCGAGGUAAAAACCAUAUAGACACAAACAAUUUAGUGGCCUUCUGUUCCCGUAUUUUACACCUUUUAGUACAUUAUUUUUUAGGUGCAAUCUUGGCUUUUCAUAAUCUUAUCCACUAUUUCCCUCCUAAUCUCCCUCUCCUGGCGAAUGGUAAUGCUCUACUUUGCGUAUCGUCGGCUCAUCUGCCCGAAAAACUCGACCAGCUCCUCCAACAUGCCGAGUCGUCAGCCCACUCUUUUCGUGAGCAUCUGGAACAACAAAUCUCCUGCCUUCGAGUAAAUCGUUUCGCCACUUUUCUCAGUAAUACACAAUGUUGCUACAACUCCUUAAGCAGUUCCAAUUCUGUGGCACUAAUCCAGUUGAAACGGCUCUAUUUCAAAACUUUGAUUUGAACGAUAACGGACGACUUAACGCUGUUCGACGGGGGACAGCUCGUUAGCGCUGGUCCAUGCAGCAAGGUGUAUGGGAAAGAUUUAGCCAGGAUAUUUUAUGAUUCAGCCAUUCCGCGUAAUCUUCCAUUUUCCGAUAAUUUGUUACCUAAAAUAAUAUAAAAUCAGGGUAUGGCCCCAGCCAAAGAAGAAGGAGGGAGGAGGAGGAAAGGCCAAGAAGAUGGUCAGAAGGAAAGGUCCGCGACAAGUUGAACAAUUCUCUUCGACAAGGCCACCUAUGACAAGUCGUCCGUUUUGAUCGAACGCCAAUGUGAAAGAGAUCUCAGACCGUGAAUUCUCUAGGAGAUCAUCAAAUACGGUUUUUCUCGUCAAUCCCACGUUUCUCCAAGGAUAAGGUCGGAAAAGGAUAAAAGACGACCAAAGAAGAGAAACAGUCGAGAAAGUUGAAAUUGACGAAAAGCAAUUGAAGAUAACGAUGUGGACGACAUCUCGGAGCUUCAGCGAAGCGUGGCAAAAAGACGAAAUUGCAUGUUAAGAAGAUCACAAAGAAAAAGGAGACAUUCAAGCAGAGAAUUGAAGCUAAAAUCCGAGCGACUGUUGAAUGCAGAUGAUAACGGGUAAGCUUUUGAUUGUCUUUUUGUGUUCUUGGCUUUAGAUGGAGAUGAUAGAAGAAAGAGUUACUGGAUUUAUCUAAGCGAACAUUAUCUACUUUAGACCUUGUACUAUAUGGUUUUGACGAUGGCGGAUGAAAUAUUCCGUAUGACCGGUUCGAUUUAGUUUUUACAGAUGGUCUAUGGGAAUUGGUUUUGCUGUCGGCUUCAAAUGCGUUGUGAUUUAGACUUUAAAUUUUUGAUUUUCCAUCAUAAGUAAGGUGUUUGCUAAAAAUGGAUUUUUAUCCGGAAUAUGGAUGAUAAAUAGGUCAAAAUUGUGGCAGUAGCAAGAUAAAAGAUAGUUAUUCAGUUUAUUUACAAGAAGUUCGAUAUUUAUCUACACCGUCUUUCAGUGGAGUCGAUAUUGAGGAAGGAAAGGAGACCUACUUCCUCGAACAAAAAGACAUCGUCAAUACCGUCGAUACUGCAGCCGCACAAAAAGCGCUACGCUGGACCUGGAUCCCAUGGCGUACAAAGGCAAAGUAUCCGAAAUGGUCGGCAUCUUCUUCUUGCCGGCCAUAA